GGGCAGAUCUUCGCACUCCUCAAGGGGGAGACGCAAGGCCCUCUGGGAGUUGAAGCCUUCCGGGGGUUUCUAUGGCCUCGGGGGCGGGGCGGGCGCCUGGGCCGACUCGGCGGUUUGGCCAGGGGGAGGGGCUUUCGGAGGCCCCGGCCCGGCCCCGCCCCCGCCGCCAUGCGGCCCGCCCGGACUGCGCUCUGGCUGCGCCUCGCAGUGGCCCUGGGCCUGGCCCUCGUUGGCCCCCUGCCUGUGGGGUGGUCCUCGGCCCGGGCCCCCAUCUAUGUCAGCAGCUGGGCCGUGCGGGUGUCCCAGGGUUACCGGGAGGCCGAGCGCCUGGCGCGCAAAUUCGGCUUCGUCAACCUGGGGCAGAUCUUUCCUGACGGGCAGUACUACCACCUGCGGCACCGGGGCGUGGUCCAGCAGUCCCUGACCCCACACUGGGGCCAUCGCCUGCGCCUAAAGAAAGACCCCAAGGUGCAGUGGUUCGAGCAGCAGACGCUGCGGCGGCGGGUGAAGCGCUCGGUGGUGGUACCCACGGACCCCUGGUUCCCCAAGCAGUGGUACAUGAACCACAAGGUGCAGCCGGACCUGAACAUCCUGCAGGCCUGGAGCCAGGGGCUGUCAGGCCGGGGCGUUGUGGUCUCUGUCCUGGACGACGGCAUCGAGAAGGACCACCCGGACCUCUGGGCCAACUACGACCCCCUGGCCAGCUACGACUUCAAUGACUAUGACCCAGAUCCCCAGCCACGAUACACGCCCAGUGAUGAGAACCGGCACGGGACCCGCUGUGCUGGGGAGGUGGCAGCCAUAGCAAACAACGGGUUCUGUGGCACGGGCGUCGCCUACAAUGCCCGCAUCGGAGGCGUGCGCAUGCUGGACGGCACCAUCACGGAUGUUAUCGAGGCCCAGUCGCUGAGCCUGCAGCCGCAGCACAUCCACAUCUACAGCGCCAGCUGGGGCCCUGAGGACGACGGCCGCACCGUGGACGGCCCGGGCAUCCUCACCCGGGAGGCCUUCAGGCGCGGCGUGACCAAGGGCCGUGGUGGGCUGGGCACGCUCUUCGUCUGGGCGUCGGGCAACGGCGGCCUGCACUAUGACAACUGCAACUGUGACGGCUACACCAACAGCAUCCACACGCUCUCGGUGGGCAGCACCACCCGGCACGGCCGCGUGCCCUGGUACAGUGAGGCCUGCGCCUCCACGCUUACCACCACCUACAGCAGCGGCGUGGCCGCUGACCCACAGAUCGUCACCACAGACCUGCACCACCAGUGCACGGACAAACACACGGGCACCUCGGCCUCGGCCCCGCUGGCUGCGGGUAUGAUCGCCCUGGCUCUGGAGGCCAACCCGUUCUUGACCUGGAGGGACAUGCAGCACCUGGUGGUCCGGGCGUCCAGGCCAGCACAGCUCCAGGCUGAGGACUGGAGGACCAACGGCGUAGGGCGCCAAGUGAGCCACCACUACGGCUACGGGCUGCUGGACGCCAGGCUGUUGGUGGACAUGGCUCGGACGUGGCUGCCUACGCGGCCCCAGCAGAAAUGCGCCAUCCGGAUCGUACACACCCCCACCAGGCCCGCAGGAGGGGCCCUCACCCCCCACGCCGCCCCUAGCCCCAUCCUGCCGCUGAUGCGAGUGAGGAAGAAUGUGUCGGCCUGCGCGGGCCGUGCCAACUACAUCCGCUCACUGGAGCACGUGCAGGUGCAGCUGUCGCUGUCCUACAGCCGUCGGGGGGACCUGGAGAUCUCGCUCACCAGCCCCAUGGGGACCCGCUCCACGCUCGUGGCCAUCAGACCCUUGGAUGUCAGCGGCCAAGGCUACAACAACUGGAUCUUCAUGUCCACCCACUUCUGGGACGAGGACCCGCAGGGCUUGUGGACUCUGGGCCUGGAAAACAAGGGCUACUAUUUCAACACAGGGACGCUGUACCGCUACACGCUGCUGCUCUACGGGACGGCCGAGGACAUGACCGCGCGGCCCUCCGGCCCCCAGGUGACCAGCAGCGCGUGUGUGCAGCGGGACACGGAGGGGCUGUGCCAGGAAUGCCACAGCCCCGCCUAUAUCCUGGGCCACCUCUGCCUGGCCUACUGCCCUCCAAGGUACUUCAGCCACACCCAGCAGGCAGUGACCCCGGGGCCUGGGCGCUCCGUGACAUCCACCCUGCGCAUCUGCUCCAGCUGCCACACCUCCUGCUACACAUGCCGCGGGGGGUCCCCGCUCGACUGCACCGCCUGCCCCCCGUCGUACACGCUGGACGAGCUUUGGGGCUCCUGCUCAGGACCUGUCCCUCCCAACACCACCCCCCAGCCCACCGCAGUGGCCCAGCCCAGCUGCCACCAUGGCCAAGCCCAGGCUGCGGUGCUGGCCUUGUUGGCCAUGGCCUUGGGGAGCCCCUUCCUCUGCAGCGUCCUGUCUGGAGGCUGCCUGCCGCCAUGUGGGGGCCUCCUCCGUGCCGGGCACCACCCCCAUCGCCACCCCAGGGCUGGCUGCUGGCGGGAACCUAGAGCCAUCUGACUAGGGGGCAGACACGGGCCUGAGCAGGCACCGCUGUCCUGCUUCUUUGCUUCGGACUGGAACCCCGGCUGGGAUGCGAGAGCCUACCCCGAGAAGGCCCUGGGUGACCACCGAGGGCUCGGGCCAGGGGCGGCCUGCACAGAAUCCUGGACCCGAAAUGGGCAGGUCCAGGUGAAAGAGAGAGAGAGAAAAGUCUAGUUACACAGUUGGGGGUGGGGGUGGG